AUGAAUCAAAUCGUUUCUGGGAUUCAAUUUAAUGUAGGGCCUAGAUAUGAUGUUAAAAAAUUACUAGGGGCUGGUGCAUAUGGACAUGUUGCAUUGGCUAUUGAUAAGAAAUAGACAGACCCUGAUUACUAGAAAGUGGCUAUUAAAAAGCUCCACCUGGUGAGAGAUGAAAUAGAUGCUAAAAGAGUUUUGAGAGAAAUUAGAAUAUUGAGAACAAUGAAGCACGAGAACAUUCUUCGCUUGGAACAUCUCAUUUAUGAUGACUCAAAUAAGGAAUUGGAUUUUGGGGAAAUUUAUUUGGUUACCAAUUACAUGGAAGUGGAUUUAUAUAAAAUAAUAAAGAGCGGCUAGAAUCUGACUGAUCAGCACUUCCAAUACAUCAUGUAUCAAUUAAUAAAAGCAUUAAAAUAUUUGCAUUCAGCCAACAUCGUCCAUAGAGACAUCAAGCCAAGCAAUAUAUUGGCCACUGAGAAUUGCGAAAUCUGUUUUUGUGAUUUCGGAUUGGCCAGACAAAUCGAGGAAUUGGAAGCUGAAGACAAUCGCUGUCAGAAUAUGCUUACAGAAUACGUUGUUACAAGAUACUACAGAGCUCCUGAAGUUAUGUUAUCUUCACAUGAAUAUUCAACUGCCAUUGAUAUGUGGUCGUUGGGUUGUACCUUCGCUGAAUUAAUCACCAGAUAAAUUUUAUUUAAAGGAACAAAUUAUAUUCAAAUGAUUAAAUUGAUCUUUGAUACUUUGGGAAAGCCAGGCGAAGAAGAUUUGGGCUUCAUUACUAAUUUAAAUGCCAAAAAGUAUGUUAGUAGCCUAUAAACCAAAUAAAAAGCAUCUAUUGGCUCUGUUAUCAAAUAUUCUAAUCCUUAAGCCAUCGAUUUAUUAGAUAAAUUACUUGAAAUUAAUCCUAAAAAGAGAAUUACAAGUGCUGAAGCUCUUAAUCAUCCUUACUUAGAACCAAUUAGAGACCCUGAUGAUGAACCAUCAUUUGAAGGCAAUUUAGAUUGCUAAUUUGAAAAUGAUAGCACUAUCUAAUUAAAAGAUUUGAAGGCCCUGAUUUUGAAUGAGGUGAAUAUCAUGAGACAAAAAAACUCAGAACCGAUAAUCAAUGUUCAGUUGGAGAUUGAAAAAAGAGAACAAAUAACUAAAAUAAAUUAAUAAAAAAAAUAGCAAUUGAAACAAUAAUAAUAAAAACAAUAGCAAUAAUGA